GAUUACCUUAGUAAGACUUGAUAUCGUAGGUUCUUUGAUAGACCUAUGCGUGUGCUCCCAUCACGGUGGUUUACAAGGUGUCCACGAAACAAGAACUCCCUGAAAUGUCGUCUUUCGUUCUCUUUGUAAUCGUCGUCUUGGAGGUCAGAGGUCACGAUAUUCAUACAGCAUUCUCAUGUGCCGACCUACCGGACGGCACUUACGCAGAUCCCGAAGUCUGCACGACCUACCACCUCUGCCACUCCAGAAUCAACUACACCCUGCGAUGUCCUGAGGGACAGGUGUGGGACAGGUGGUUGCACCACUGCCGCCUAGCGGACAUUUCGAAAUGUUGCAGAGGUGACGGCUGUUUGGAGUCCGGGGAUGUAGUGGCUGAAGAGGUGGUUGCCGGACUGUCCAGAAGAGUGGAAAGUCUUGAAAGAGAAAACGAGAGACCAAAUCAGCUGAUAGAACAGGUGGCCGCUGAAAAUAUUCAACUGCGUAACGAGCUAGAGCUCCUGAAGGCGAAAGUUGACAGUCUAGACGGUAGACUGGUGCCGGGACUCGAUGUUCCCCUUCCUACCGCUGUGUUUGCGGUGAGGGUCGUGUCGGCAGGGUUUGAUGACUCGGCUGCUGAGGGGGGCUGUGCUGAAGUCUGGGUGGCCGGUCAUCAGCAAGCUCUCAAUCGCAGAGGGAUCAAUGUGGUGAUAGUAGAGGAGACCUCUGGACAGACUGAGGAUUCCCAGCGGUUCGACACUUAUGGUGACCCCGAGGCAGGGGUCAAACUCAGGGACUACUUGCGCGCUGUGGCGACGGGGCGAGUCGUGUUGAUAGCGGUUAAAGAUGAAGGAAGCAAGUACGCAGCCGAUGCUAUGGAGGAACUUCGAAAUCUGGGGACAACUUUGCCAACCAUAGGAUAUCGAGAGUCUUGGGCAAUAAUCGGCAAGAAGGGAAGUAAAACUUCGUGGUUUGUGGAGGACAGAAGACAGAGGUACCACGGACCGACAGUCGUCGAGGCACUCAUACCAGUAUCAGCAUAGCGAAGGGGAAUGCUGCAUCUCUGAGUGUACAAUAUUUCCCCAUGACUAUAACUAAGGAAUUUUAGUGGAUGGCUUGAACGCACGCCUUAACUUUAGAGUUUCUCUUGAUAGUUUCUCAUUCCCAUAUUAUGAUCACACUCAUUCACAGAACGUCACAACAGGUCUGGCUUGUUUUGGAUUUAACGGCGCUGUUUUGUCACGCACUGUCAACAUAUAACUGUUAGAAUACUACUUCUGUAUCAUCAUAUUGAUGGUGAGUAUUCUUGAUCAGGCAUUAGAAAUAAAGAACAAAACUAAGCAAUGUUGGUGGAUGCUUCCUUGACAAAGUGUAUUAAAAUUUCUUGCAACCGUGUGGGACUUUAGAAUUAAGUAUUCAUUAAUCCUCCGUCGAAGAUUGAAAACCAAAGAACAUCCAAACUUUUGAGAUUUUUACGAUCGUUUUCGAGACAUAAAAACUAAGACUGCACCAGUGCCUCAGACACUCGAAGUAUCAGUCUAGUGGUCACAGUGGGCGGUUCUAAAUGAUUCAGUGGUACUACAGAGAUGUGCGGACCUCUGUGUUUGUUUGACCUUCCUUAUAUCCAUUGAAUAGAUAAUGCAACAAUUAAACAAUCAGUUAAGCCAUUCCAUUUAACUAGUGCUAUGGUUACAUCAAUCUGGCACUGACUUUAUUCAUGUCAUGGUAUCCGUUUGACCUUCAUGUAAUAUCAUACGUUUAUCAACAACGACAUAAUGCAGAACAAUCGAUCGAGUCAUAAAUGUCGAUCAUUAAAGGUUUUGUUUUGUUUCUACGGUAUAAGGUCAGAGGGGAUACACGGAAGCCCCGCUGGAGAUAGCACAUAUUUAAACUGUUGAUCACCUGGCAAUAUUCACAUCAGUAGGUCGAUAUUGUUCCUGUGAGAAUACGGCUGUCGUGGUGGUAGACAAAUAUGAUUAUUACAGCAUUCAGGAUAAACUGUACUGGAGAGAGGGGUUGUUUUCCGUCGUUAUCGGUAAAACUAGGCACAUGGAUAGCGUUUAUCCGAAUUUCGAGAAUUGUUAAGACUCCUAAAGAUAAGAAACAAGAGGUAUCUACAAUGUGAUGUCUGAAGUCCUACUCAGAAAAGCUGAAAGUGUUCGAUUCGUUGCUUGAAUUCCAACGAAAAAU